UAUUUUGAUAUUUUUACUCUGUCUCUACAGUGCAUUCCCAGAUGUUUUCGACAAUGUGCACUGGACUUACAAAUGAAUGAUGCAAAGUGAUUCAUUUCAGAUUUCUAAUCGAUAAAGUGUUAUAUAGUGCUAUAUAUUGUGCAUUUGCAUUAUCACCUCAGUGGCAUUAUUAUUUUCUUUUCAUUAAUAUUAUUUUCUUGUUAAACGAUUCAUCUGAACAAUCCUGCCAGAAAUGGAGAGCCAACACGGCAAGUGGACGCUGUCUGACAGUGACGAUGAUGAGGAUAAUAAUAACGUCGUACCUCCGACACCACCGAAAGACAUAAAGAAACCCUUAAAGAACAUCAAGGCUGAUCCAGAACCCAAAGCCAGCCCGGUUAAUACACUGUUCAAGCCCAAAUCUGAGCCCAGAAAAGACAGUGACGUGAAUCUUGAGACAGAAAAACCACCCGUCCUUCCCACGGGCUCCGAAGCUCGACAAGCCGUACACGUCUAUCAGAAUAACCCGGUGAAAAACGACAGCGGCCCUUCUCCGGCGCUGAAACGGAAGAGAGAAACAGAUGAGGGAGGCUGGAACCUCUCCAGCAGUAGUGACGAUGACGGAGCUCCCUCGUCAGCCCCCGAAGACAAACCGAAACCCAAAGCGCCGACCUCGAGUCCUCCGAGGAAGAAGCCCGAGCGGAGUCGGCCCCCGAGCCCACACGGUGAUCAUUAUUAUAAAGAGGAACCCAGUGAUUUCUUCGAGGCCAGCUUAAACACCAUGAACGACACAUACCGCUUUUAUUUAAACAAAGUCACGGGGAUAGAAAAGAAGUACAACACGGGAGCUUUGCACAUUAAAGAAAUACUUUCCCCCAUGUUUGGCACGCUAAAGGAAUCCGUUCAGUUUAACUACUGCUUUGAUAUUCCAUGGAUGGUGCAACAAUAUCCUCCUGAGUUUAGGAAUAAUCCUGUAACUAUCGUGCACGGAGAGAAGCGAGAGUCGAAAGCUCGCCUCAUCCAGCAGGCUCAGCCCUACAGCCAUAUUCGCUUCUGUCAGGCCAAGCUGGAUAUCGCCUUCGGGACUCAUCACACGAAGAUGAUGCUCUUGUGGUACGAGGAAGGCUUUAGAGUCAUCGUCCUGACGUCAAACCUCAUCCAGGCUGACUGGUACCAGAAGACACAAGGACUGUGGAUGAGCCCUCUGUACCCACGGUUACCAGAAGGAAGCCCCGAGACGGCCGGCGAGUCUCCUACACACUUCAAACGAGACCUUCUGGAGUAUCUGAACGCGUACCGAGCCCCGGAGCUGGCCGAGUGGAUCGAGCGCAUCAAAGAACACGACCUGUCAGAAACCAGGAUCUACCUUAUUGGUUCCACACCGGGAAGGUUUCAGGGAUCCAACAUGGAGAAGUGGGGUCACUUAAAGUUGAGGAAGUUUCCUGUCCAGUUGCUGAGCGAACACACACAUCCAGAGCAGAACGCCGAGAAGUGGCCCGUGAUUGGUCAGUUCUCCAGCAUCGGCUCUAUGGGCCUGGAUAAGACCAAGUGGCUCUCGGCGGAGUUCCAGCGUACGCUGACGACGUUAGGCAAGAGCGGGAAACCGUUAACCGUCCCAGAGACACCACUCCUGCUGGUUUAUCCUUCAGUGAACAAUGUCCGAACCAGUUUGGAAGGCUACCCAGCUGGAGGUUCUUUACCCUACAGUAUACAGACAGCACAGAAGCAGAUCUGGCUCCAUUCCUAUUUCCAUGGAUGGAGAGCCGAAACCUCAGGCAGGAGCAGUGCGAUGCCCCACAUCAAGACCUACAUGAGGACGUCGCCGGAUUUCUCCCAGCUGGCCUGGUUUCUCGUCACGAGUGCCAAUUUGUCCAAAGCUGCCUGGGGGGCGCUGGAGAAAAACAAUACUCAGAUGAUGGUUCGUUCCUACGAGCUGGGAGUUCUGUACCUGCCUUCAGCCUUCCAAAUGAGCACAUUUCCAGUGGAGAAGAACAUCUUCCCCGUCUCAAGCUCCUCCACAGGUUUCCCUGUGCCUUUCGAUUUGCCACCACUUCGCUACUCCAGUAAAGAUCAGCCGUGGAUCUGGAAUAUUCCAUACACACAAGCGCCAGAUACUCACGGAAAUAUCUGGGUCCCGUCCUGAAAGCCGCCGUUCCCGUUGCUGCUUGGAUACUAAGGGCCAAACGAGGACAGGAAGUACCUGCUGUCUAUUACUGUUUUAUUAAACUGGACUCUCGACUACAGUAAACAUGGUGCUGGAAAAAAAUAAUAAAACAGACUGUGAGUAUUUUUGAUAUUGACAUUGUUAGGUAAUAAAGAAUUAGCAAUGAUAACUGU